AUGCUGAGCUGUCCGGAGAGGUUCAGAAAUGUCAAUAGUCACUUUGGAAGAGCAGCUCGUCGCCGAGCCUUUUCAUCGUCUUCCACCACCAUCCGAAAGCUUGCCGUUGCCGCCAUGUCCGAACAAAACGAAAACAAGCUUGCAGUGGGUAUCGUUCUGUUUGACGGCGUCACUCAGCUCGACUACAUCGGGCCUUUGACGGCGUUUGCACCGCACUUUCGCACCUACCUGCUGCACCACACGCUCGAUGCCGUCACCACCGACAUCGAUGCGGUGAUGGCGUUGCCCACGGCUACCUUUGAUCAAGUGGACCACGUCGACAUUCUGCUUGUUCCGGGUGCGCCAAACAAGCACAUCAAUCGACUGCUCUGCGACGCCCGCUUUCUUGCGCAACUGCGCCGCCUCGGCUCCGGAGCCCAAUACAUCACCUCGGUAUGCACCGGCUCGCUCCUUCUCGCUCGCGCAGGCCUUCUGGACGGCUUCAAGGCCACUAGUCACUGGUCGGCACUCGAGGUCCUCGCGGCCAUGGGCAUCGAGACUGUCAAGCAACGCGUUGUUCACGAUCGCAAUCGUAUCACAGCUGGAGGCGUCACCGCAGGCAUCGACUUUGGCCUCACCCUCGUCGAAAAGCUCAAGGGCCUCGACGCCGCCAAGCUCACGCAGCUCAUGAUAGAAUACGAUCCAGCACCCCCCAUCAACGCUGGCUCGCCCGAAGGCGCCGGCGAGAAACUCACCGCUUUUGCGCGCCAAUCGUCCAAGAACGAUGUCGACGAAGGCAUCCGCAUUGUUGCAACGCCUGCCCCGCUUUAA